UUCGAUGAGGCAAAAGGAUUCUGGAAAUAUUUAUCAGACUUGGAAAGUGCAUGAAGAAUCUGGAAGUUGACAGCAAACCCGAGGGUAGGUGAGAGUGAGAUGACGGUGAUGCCGUCGAGUUCCGAUGUCGCGGACAAGGCGGUCUCGACGGAAGAUGCAUCCUGCGGGGUGGAGGUGGCUAGCAUCGAUGCCCUUUUGGCGGCAUUGGUGGAAACAAAAGUGGAAGCGAUGAAAGCAUCAUCUUCUACGAUGACGAGAAGAUUCGGCAGUGCUCCAGCGAGUCCGAGACGACCAUGGUUCACCUCUUCUUCGACUGUUUCUUCCUCUCAGAACCAUCAUUAUCUCCAUCAUUGUCAUGGUGACCAUCAUCAUGGAGAACAUCAUCAUGGAUAUCACCUGGAACAUCUUAGUGAACACUCUCAUGAUCAUUAUGGUAAACAUCCUGAAGAUUUACAAGAAGAACUUGAAGAUCAGGGAAGUCAUGACAUUGAUCAUUGUAGAGAUUAUCAAGACAAGAAUCAUCAUCACCAUAGAGAAGGUCAUCGCCAUGGUCGAAAAUACGAAAAGAAGAAAGGAGAUCGUCGCCGACGUCAUGGAUCUGCUCCUUGUGGGGAAUUUAUAGAAAAUCCUAAAUUGUAUGAACAUCAUGCACAUCGUUCUGAGAAGGAAAAAAGGAGGGGCUCUGAGUGUCCUCGAAGUCCAAGAAAAAAGAGAAGGCAUUCUAAGAGUCAUCAUAUAUUACAAGAAGAUAUAUUGGAUCUUCCUCUGGGACUCGAUGCACCUUUUGAACUCCUGGGCAUUGAUGGUGAUCAGGAUUUAGGAUUGAUAAACUUGAGCAGAUCCAGAGAGGCGUUCAGCGAUAUUUCUGAAUAUCCGAGGCUGCACCAAAGUGCCUGCUACACUUCCCAAAGUGAAGCACAGCUGAAAAUUCAUUACGACGAAGAUGAUGAUUUCCUGGCGCUCAAUCUUGAAGAUGAAUUGGACGACGAUGAAACUUUGAGUAGUCCUGAAAAAGUGGACGUUCCGGUGGAGAAAUUUCAUCGCCCACGUAAAAAACGGAAACGACGACGAAAAGUCGAGCCUGAAAUUGUUGAGAUUGAGAAAGAAUUUAUUGAUCCUGAUGAUUUGCCCCCAAGAGCACGAUUGACUAUCAUCGCUACAGCCUGCCUUUUACUUGUCAUGUCGUUACUUCUCGUGGGAAUUACUCUUCGCAUGGCACCGAUUAUUGAUGAGAUGGUAAGGAAAGAAAACGAAGCACUGCUGAAUUCUUUGAAUCAGGAUUCUUCAAUAUUUGAAAACACGACGGAGCCAUCAUUUGAAUAAGAAAAACAGAUUUUCCCUGCUGCUUGCAUUUCAAGCUCGAUACCAUUCUUACUAGAAUACUGCCGUUGAAAAUAAUACAUAUUCCAGCUGAGAGGUCAGAUGAAUUUUUUAAAUAAUAAUUCACUAGAGAUUUGAAUAUAGGGAAAAUGGGGGCGAAAAAUUACAAAAGUUGAGGCGAAAACUGUGUUUGUUUUUUAAUUCAGAAGCUCAUUUAAAUUAUUUUUUAAAUUAGAGAUUUGAACAUAAAUGUAAAAGCAAAGAAUUAUAAGAUUUGAUUUGAAGAUUUUAUAGGUUUAUAAUUGGUAUAAGAAUAUUUUAUAAGUAUCCUUUUUGAAGUUAAGGGUAAAGUUAAAGGUAAAAUUUUGAUAAUCGUAGGACAUAGAUUUUUGUAAUGGUUUUCGAAUUAUCUGAAAAUUAUUUGCAAUGAAAUCUUUCUAAAUUAUAAUUUUAAUAGUGUCAUACUGGACACAUUGAUUUUGUAAAGUAUCUCGUUUGAUUACGGAAAUUAAGCAACGCCUGGUUCAAUAUCCAUGUUGGGUAGCUAUGACAGCGCCACCAAUUUGGAACCUUUGUGUAGAAAUUUGAAUUUUAACUCAGUAUUAACAAUAAAUCUUACAGUAGAUAAUUAAUUUGAGAUAUUAGUAUAAUAUUUUUGAUUAAAAUCAAUUGAUACUUACUGCUCUUUUUUAUUAAACUGGCAAGCAUAUUAAAAAAAACUUUAUUUAACAUUUCCACAUUGUUUUUAAUUAAUGUGCAUAAAGCUUAAAAUGAAACGACGUGGAUGCUUUAACUUACCUGGGAACUUUUAUCACUUAAAAAUGAAAUACGGCUGCGAAAUUCUACAGAUGUAUUCACUUUGUUUGUAUUUAUUUGUCCUAAUUUUAUGAGUAUUCUACUUUCUCAUAGGUAUCAAAUAAACGUGCUUCCUCAUAGAGGGAGGGUCAUUUUUUCUAGUAAAAGAAGAAAAUGGAUACACUUAACUCUUGCUUUCAGUCCAGUGUCGGGGGUUACCUUCAAAUAGCCUUGGAUUGAAUUCGGUCGGAUCAAAACGUAAACAGUCAGGUCCACCUGAACCAUUUCCAAUUCGAAUGCAUGCUAUUGCGCAAUAGACUUAAGCAAUCGCUCUCGCCCUGAUCCCCUGAGAAACUGUGGGGGCCAGCAGUUCUAGGAAGGCCUAAAACGGGGGAACUGAAACCGAGAGUUGGGUGUACUUUCAAUAUGUUUCAAGCUUAUGUUUCUGUCUUCCCGAAAAUCUUAUCAACAACUAUUUAACUUGAGGUAGUGCUAUAUUCCAAAUUGAGCCCAAAGUUUUCUUCAUAGAUACAAUCUAUCUUUUGUUUUAACUUUCUAAGUAGCUAUUGAUAGGUGAUGCCAAUAUUGGUAGGUUAUGGUUGGUCACGAAAAGUUCUUAAUAGAUGAUAUAUCUUUUAAAUUUAUAUAUUGGUCAAAUGUAGGUCAAACACAAUACUGUCGUAUUCCUAAUAUUAGCACAGUUUUUCUUAUAUAUAUAUAUAUAUAAUUAAAAAUUUGUCAUGAGGACAACCGCAGGAUUUCGCCGGGAGCGGGUGCUAAUCUGGAAAAUUGCACCCGCUUCCAGUGAAAUCGCGGUAAAAUUUCAGCCACAACCACGUCUCACGACACUUUUUUUAAACUUCAUAAAUCUAUACUGAUGGGUCAUAAAAGGUUCAACAAUGGUCAAUCGAUGCGUCUCAAGGUCGCGAACAAAUACAAUACAUAUAAUACUUUCAUAUUUUUAAUUUCAAGAAAAAUUUUCUUAUAUUAACAGAAUAAAUAAUUUUUUGUUGAAACUUCAUAAAUCUGUACUGGAAGAUCAUAAAGGUUUUAACAAUAGGUAUUGUUGUAUUCUGAUCAUCAAAAAAGUUUUUAUAAUAUAAACAAGGUAAAAUUUUUUGUUUGAUAUCUCUAAACACAAAGAAAACUACUUCUAAAUGCCCGAUUUAGUCCAAAUUCUAUCAGGUAUAUAGAUAUCAGUUUGAAAUACAAUUGUGUCAAAUUUCAUAAUCAUAGCUCUUCCUUUUCGAGGUAUGGUAAACAGAAGAAACAUAGUAAUACAAGAUGAUGAACUUUAAAUGUAGUUGAAUUUAAUUUUUGCAUUCAAUUAAGUAA